GCCGAUCGUGGGGAGGCGGGGAGACCCUGCUGGAAUAAAAAAAACCGCGGAGCCUCCAUUGAUGAAGCUCCUCAUCGAUCCGACCCAGCGACGUCUUGGACAUAAGAGGAGGACAAAACCGAGCAGAAAGCCGCAGCUAAAGGGCGUCGGGCGCGAUGGCUAAUGCCUCCCCAGACCUGGACAACGCCGAAGCCCAGCGCCAGCUCAACAACAACAACCGACCAAUCAGCUCUGGGUUCUGGGAGACGGAGUGCACGAGCUCCAAGCUGUUCGAGUGUUCCAGGAUUAAGGCCCUGGCAGAUGAACGGGAUGCGGUGCAGAAGAAAACUUUCACUAAGUGGGUUAACUCCCAUCUGGCCAGAGUUUCCUGUCGCAUCUCGGACCUGUACAACGACCUGAGGGAUGGAUAUAUGCUCACCAGACUGCUGGAGGUCCUCAGUGGAGAGCUGCUGCCGAGGCCUACACGGGGCCGUAUGCGGAUCCACUGCCUGGAGAACGUGGAUAAAGCCCUGCAGUUCCUCAAAGAGCAGCGAGUUCACCUGGAGAACGUGGGUUCUCAUGACAUCGUGGACGGAAACCACCGACUCACGCUGGGCCUCAUCUGGACCAUCAUCCUUCGCUUCCAGAUCCAGGUGAUCAAAAUAGAGACGGAGGACAACCGAGAAACUCGUUCAGCCAAGGAUGCUCUGCUGCUCUGGUGCCAGAUGAAGACUGCAGGGUAUCCUGAGGUCAACAUCCAGAACUUCACCACCUGCUGGAGAGACGGCCUCGCCUUCAACGCCCUCAUCCACAGACACCGACCCGACCUGAUCGAGUUCCACAAACUGACUCGAUCCAAUGCAACCCACAACCUCCAGCAAGCCUUUAACAUCGCCGAGCAGCACCUGGGCCUCACCAAACUCCUGGACCCAGAGGAUGUGAACACAGAGAACCCAGAUGAGAAGUCCAUCAUUACCUACGUGGUCUCCUACUACCACUACUUCUCCAAGAUGAAGGCUCUUAUUGUGGAGGGGAAGAGAGUUGGCAAGGUGCUGGACAACUGCAUCGAGGCGGAGAAGAUCAUAAACCGCUAUGAAGCUUUGGCCUCAGACCUGCUGGACUGGAUAGAGAAGACCAUCGCCGUCAUCAGCAACCAGAAGUUUGCAAACUCUCUGACUGGAGUCCAGCAGCAGCUGCAGGCCUUCACCACCUACUGCACUAUAGAAAAGCCCAUCAAGUUUCAGGAAAAGGGGAAUCUCGAGGUCCUCCUCUUCACCAUCCAAAGCAAACUCAGAGCCAAUAACCAGAAACCCUAUGUGCCUCAUGAGGGGAAGCUCAUCUCUGACAUUAACAAGGCCUGGGAGAGGCUGGAGAAGGCGGAGCAUGAGAGGGGCGUGGCUCUGCGGAAGGAGCUGAUUCGUCAGGAGAAGCUGGAGCUGUUGGCUCAGCGCUUCGACCACAAAACCACCAUGAGGCAAGCCUGGCUCAAUGAGAACCAGAGACUCGUAUCACAGGAUAAUUUUGGCUACGACCUACCAGCAGUCGAGGCAGCGAUGAAGAAACAUGAGGCCAUUGAGGCGGACAUAGCCUCAUACGAAGAACGGAUUGGUGUAGUUGUGGAACUUGCCGCAGAGAUGGAGUCGGAAGGAUACUACGACAUCCGGCGCAUCUCGGCUCGUAAAGAGAACAUAUUGGGUCAGUGGAGUCUGCUGAAGGAGCUGGUGGCUGGAAGGAGGACUCGGCUGGAGAAGAAUCUGUCCUUACAGAAGACUUUCCAGGACAUGGUCUACAUGAUUGACUGGAUGGAGGACACACAGGUCCAGCUGCUGUCGAAGGACUUUGGGAAGCAUCUUCUGGAGGUGGACGACCUGCUGCAGAAACACAGUUUGCAGGAGGCCGACAUCGGCAUACAGGCUGAGAGAGUCGAGACGCUCAACACUGCUGCACUCAAAUUCACCACAAUAGAGGGUUACCAACCAUGUGACCCACAGGUGAUCUGUAACCGUGUCAACCACGUGUCUUCCUGUCUGGAGGAGCUGAAGCAGCUGGCGGCUAAAAGACGCUCUGAGCUCGAAGAGUCGAGGCAGCUGUGGGCGUUUUUUCAGGAGCUGGAGGAGUCGGCAGCCUGGAUCCGGGAGAAGAGCUCCAUCCUGGGAGCUCAGGGUUAUGGGAAGGACCUGAGCAGUGUGCUGAGGUUACUGCAGAAACACAAGACUCUGGCUGGAGAACUGCUGGCUCACCGCUCGCUGCUGCAGAACACCAUGAAGCGAGGGAAGCAGAUCCUGAGUGAGAAGAGCUUCGGCACCGCGGGGAUCCAGGAGCACAUCAUGGAGGUGAAAGGCGAGUGGAAGCGGCUGGAGGACCAGGCGGCGCAGCGACUCGGCCACCUGCAGGAGGCGCUCAACUUCUUCCAGUUCUCCACGGAGACAGACGACCUGGUGGCCUGGCUGCAGGACGCCUACCGUCUGGUGUCCAGCGAGGACUUCGGCCACGAUGAGUACUCCACCCAGUCGCUGCUGAAGAAGCACCGAGGGGUCAGCGAGGCCGUCGACAAGCACCGUCUGCAUGUGCUGGCGCUGCGCAAACACAUGGUGGCGCUGCCUCUGCGGUACCGAGACCAGGAGGAGGUGCAGGUGAGGAUGGGGGAGGUGGAGCAGCUCUAUACGGAGGUCGCUGAGGUCGCCGUCCUCCGGCAGCAGUGGCUCCACGACGCCCUCGCCGUCUACCGCAUGUUCAGCGAGGUCAACGCCUGCGAGCUGUGGAUCGACGAGAAGGAGCAGUGGCUGGACAAGAUGGAGAUCCCCGAGAGGCUGGAGGACGUGGAGGUGGUGGCUCACAGGUUCGAGAGCCUGGACCAGGAGAUGAACAGCCUGAUGGGAAGAAUCCUGGACGUUAACCAGAUCGUUCAGCAGCUCCUGGAUGGAGGUCAUCCAUCUUCUACUGAGGUUAGGGGAUGUCAGGACCACCUCAACUCCAGGUGGAACAGCAUCGUGGAGCUGGUGGAACAGAAGAAGGACCAGCUGGACUCCAUGUUACGCCUCCAGAACUACCUGCUGGAGUGUGCAGAGAUCAAGUCCCAGAUCCAGGACAAGAGGAAAGCCAUCGACGCCACCCAGUACGUGGGCAGCGACCUGGGAGGAGUCCUGGCUCUGCAGAGACGUCUGUCCACCAUGGAGGGAGCUCUGUCCGUCCUAGAGCCCAAGCUGCUGCACCUGCAGGAAGAGGCGGAGCACAUGGCCACGGCUCACCCGGGUCGAGCCAUAGACAUUCUGGUGCCGUUCGAUGGCAUCAGUGUGGAGUGGGAGGAGCUGAAACGGACCCUGCAGGGAUGUGAGGACUCGCUGAUGGUGGCCAGCAGACUGCAGAGCUUCAUACAGGACCUGGACUCGUUCCUCACCUGGUUGGUUCAGACUCAGACGGCUGCUGCCUCCGAUCAGCUUCCCAAUGAUCUGGAGGAGGCAGAGAGACUCAUCAACAAACACGCUGCUCUUAAAGAGGAGAUCGGACGGUACGAGGAGGACUACGAGCGUCUGCAGGCCAUGAACGAGCUGCUGGAGUCGGAGGAGGCUCCUCUUCCUCAGGCCGCCCUGCAGCAGUGGCUGCAGAAGCUGGACGUGGGCUGGAACAAGCUGCUGGAGAUGUGGGAGAGCCGGAGAGAAGUUCUGGUCCAGGCUCACAUCUUCCACCUCUUCCUGAGAGACGUCAAACAGGCCGAGUCCUUCCUCAACAACCAGGAGUCGGCGUUGGCCCACGUGGAGCUUCCCACCACGGUGGAAACGGUGGAGGCCGCCAUCAAGAAACACAAAGACUUCACCACCACCAUGGAGCUCAACCUGCACCGGAUCAAAGCCGUGAUCGAAGCCGGAGAAAGUCUCAUCAGCCAGAACAACAUCUACUCCGAACGAAUCCGCGAGAGGAUCGACGCCCUCGCCAACAGGGGAAACCAGAACAGAGAACUGGCCCAGCAGUGGCUGGAGAAGCUCAACGACCAGUGGGAGCUUCAGAGGUUCCUGCAGGACUGUCACGAGCUGGGGGACUGGGUGUGUGAGAAGAUGCUGAUGGCGAGGGACAGCAGCCGAGACGAGACCCAGAAGCUUCACAAGAAAUGGCUGAAGCACCAGGCGUUCAUGGCCGAGCUGGCCCAGAACAAGGAAUGGCUGGACAAGAUUGAGAAGGAGGGCCAGCAGCUGAUCCAGGAGAAGCCGGAGCUCAGCCCGGUGGUCCGGAGGAAGCUGGAGGAGAUCAGGGAGUGCUGGCAGGACCUGGAGAGCACCACUCAGGCCAAAGCCCGGCAGCUGUUCGAGGCCAACAAGGCCGACCUGCUGGUGCAGAGCUACGAGAGCCUGGACCAGAGGCUGGGCCAGCUGGAGGGCCAACUGGCCUACGUGGACCAGGGUCAGGACCUGACCACGGUCAACAAGCAGCUCAAGAAACUGCAGACGAUGGAGACCCAGAUGGAGGACUGGUACAAGGAGGUGGGGCAGCUGCAGGUGCAGGCGUCCUCCAUCCCGCAGCAGACGCAGGUGAAGGAGACGGUUGCCGAGCGACAGGCCGCCGUGGAGGCCCGGAUGGUCCGUCUGAUCGAGCCGCUGAAGGAGCGGCGACGCAUCCUGCUGGCGUCCAAGGAGGUUCAUCAAGUGGGACGAGACCUGGAGGACGAGAUUCUGUGGGUCCAGGAACGCCUCCCCAUGGCCAUGUCUCAGGAACAUGGAUCGACUCUGCAGGCCGUCCAGCAGCUCAUGAAGAAGAACCAGACUCUGCAGAGGGAGCUGCAGGGCCACAGGAGCCGAAUCGAGGACGUCCUGGAGCGGGCGGCCAUCAUCGCUUCCAUACGCAGCCCGGAGGCCGACUGCGUCAGGGCCGGACACGACCAGCUGGCCCAGCUGUGGGCUCUGCUGUGGGCCGAGACGGAGAGGAGGCAGCUGGUCCUGGACGCCAUGUACCAGGCCCAGCAGUACUACUUCGACAUGGCCGAGGUGGAGGCCUGGCUGAGCGAGCAGGAGCUGCACAUGAUGAACGAGGAGAAGGGGAAGUGUAACUCGUCCUCCUCCCACCAGGACGAGCCGAGCACGCUGCAGCUGCUGAAGAAACACUUGGUCCUGGAACAGACCAUCGAGGACUACGCCGAGACCAUCGGCCUGCUGUCGCAGCAGUGCAGACAGCUGCUGGAGAUGGGCCAUCCAGACUGCGAGCAGAUCAGCAAGCGUCAGUCCCAGAUCGACCGGCUGUACGUGUCUCUGAAGGACCUGGUGGAGGAGAGGAAGAGCCGCCUGGAGCAGCAGUACUGGCUCUACCAGCUCAACAGGGAGGUGGACGAGCUGGAGCAGUGGAUCGCCCAGAGGGAGGUGGUGGCCAGCUCGCCCGAACUGGGUCAAGACUUCGAGCACGUGACUGUCCUGCAGGAGAAGUUUACAGAGUUUGCUUCGGAGACGGGCAGCGUUGGGCAGGAACGAGUGACGGCGGUUAAUCAGAUGGUGGACGAGCUCAUCGACUACGGCCACUCGGAGGCGGCGACCAUCGCCGAGUGGAAGGACGGCGUGAACGAGGCCUGGGCCGACCUGCUGGAGCUCAUGGAGACCCGGGCCCAGAUGCUCGCCGCCUCCCACCAGCUGCACAAGUUCUUCUCCGACUGCAGAGAGGUUUUGGCCCAGAUUGAGGACAAACAUCGAAGGUUACCAGAGGUUCGGGCUCGGCAGGGCAGCACCGCCAACACCAGCACCCUGCAGAGACUCCUGCACAGCUUCGAACAGGACAUUCAGCUGCUGGUCACACAGGUGCGUCAGCUGCAGGAGAGCGCUGCCCAGCUGAGGACGGUGUACGCCGGCGAGAAGGCCGAAACCAUCGCCUGCCACGAGCACGAAGUGAUGCAGUGCUGGAAGGAGCUGCUGACGUCCUGCGAGGAGUGCCGAGUGCAGAUCACCACCGAGACGGACAAGCUGAGGUUCUUCGGCAUGGUCCGAGAUCAGAUCAUGUGGAUGGACUCCAUCAUCUGUCAGAUAGGGACAGGAGAGAAGCCCAGGGACGUGUCCUCGGUGGAGGUGCUGAUGAAUUAUCACCAGAGUCUGAAGAGCGAAGUGGAGGCUCGCAGCCGGAGCAUCCUGGAGUGUAUCGAGAUGGGAAAGACACUGCUGGCUGCCAGAAACCCUGCAGCUGAAGAGAUCAAGGAGAGGCUGGACAGGGUGAUUGCGAAGCAGCAUGAGCUGUCUGAGAAGUGGGACAAACACUGGGAAGCCCUGCAGCAACUGCUGGAGGUCCACCAGUUCGCCCAGGAGGCGGUGGUGGCCGAGGCCUGGCUCACCGCUCAGGAGCCGUUCAUCAACAGCAAGGAGCUCGGCGCGAGCGUCGACGAGGUGGAGCAGCUGAUCCGUCGACACGAAGCCUUCCGCAAAGCCGCCGCCACCUGGGAGGAGAGGUUCAGCUCACUGAGGCGGCUCACCACGGUAGAGAAGUUGAAAGCAGAGCAGAGUAAACUCCCCCCGACCCCUCUGCUGGGUCGCAAAGUCUUCCUGGACCCCCAAGAUGCCUCACCCACUCCGGCCACCCUCCCCCGCCUCCCCAUCUCCCCCGUCAUGAGACAGACCAUCUACGAGCAGAACGAAGCCAGCUCUCCUCCGUCUCCGUCGCCCGCCACCCCGACGCCUUCUCCGUCGUCUGUGGUUCGGAGACUCGGCUCGACGGUCGCCAACUACACCCCAGUGAUGAACGGCUCCAGCUACCGCCACACCCUGGAGGCCCGUCAUGGCGGCGUUGUGGGCGUGGCCGCAGGAUUGGGUCAGCCCGCCCCUUCCUCCAUCGCGUCUGUCGCCACGGCGGCCAUGUUGGUUUCAGCCAACCAGGCGAGAGAAAGCGCCACCGCGGCGAGGGACCAGGCGGCGAAGGCGAUGAGCCACCUGCAGCCGGUGCAGGCGGCGAGGGAGCUGGAGGUGAAAGCGUCCCCGUAUCUACGGCAACCCAAAAUCAAACACCUGGAUGACGCCGUGACGCCGCUGCUGGUGGCGAGUCGGCUGGAGAAGGCGAGGGAGAGGGAGAGGGGGAGGGAGAGGGAGAUGAUGAUGGGGGAGAUAGGCACGGAGAGGGCGGAGGUGGCGGUGAUGGCCGAGGUGGUGCUGCAGGAGCCGGGCCGGGAGCGCCUGCACAGCGAGCCCACCAGGGGGCCCCGGGGAUCCAGGACCGACCCGCUGGGCCACGGCGAGCCCCAGGGCCAGACGCACGGCCACCACCGGGACCACCGGAUAGAACGGCAGCUGAGCAGCGAGCAGCUGAUCCAGGCGCGAAGGGACGAGCUGCCCCAGGAGGUGUGGAGGGAACACGCCGAGAGGAGGGAGAGGCGGACGCUGGAGAGGCAGACGUCCAGCGAACAGGAGGGCCAAGGGGGACAAGGGGGCCACGGGGGCCACGAGGGCCGGCGGAGGGAGAGGGACCGGCACCGGCUGGAGAGGCAGGAGUCCAGCGAGCACGACACCGGGAAGGAGCACUCGGACAGACGCUCCGGAGGAGGAGAGAAGAGAUCAACGCUGGCAGAGAUUGUAGAGCAGCUGCAAGAAAGAGAAGCAGCACAGGCCCGAGGCGAGGUUCCCCGCCUGCCCAACGGGUUACCAGAGAAGUCUUCCCGUCCCGACCGGCCUCGAGCUCGGGACCGACCCAAGCCGAGACGCCGGCCGCGACCCAAAGAGGCGGGAGAGACCACGAGGAGGUCGAGGUCGGCUCCGGCCCAGAGCAGCCCAGCGGUGCCCCAGCCACCCACGCACACAGCACACCACGAGGGCUUCCUUUUCCGCAAGCUGGACAUUGAGAGCCUGAAGAAGAGCACCAAUAGCAGGUCAUGGGUCAACUUGUACUGCGUGCUGAACAAAGGGGAGAUGGGUUUCUACAAGGACGCCAAGAACACCACUACGCCCUACAACAACGAGCCGCUGCUCAACCUCUCCCACUGCCACUGCGACGUCACCAACGGCUACAAGAAGAAGAAGAACGUCUUCACGCUCAAAACGAAGGACGGCAGCGAGUUUUUGUUCCAUGCAAAAGAUGAGGAGGACCUUAAAAGUUGGGUGACCAACAUUACCGCUAGUAUCUUGGAACACGAGGAGAUUGCCAAAUGGGGUCAGCCCCAACCAACUACCUCAUCCACCGACGAGGGCACGCGCCGCGACGGCAGCAAGGCGGACAACCGGUCAGACCGAGGCGGCGAGCGGUCGGACCGGGCCGAGCGGAUCGAGCGGGCGGAGAAGGAGAAGGAGAAAGAAAAGGAGAAAGAGAAGGAGAAGGAGAGGGAGCGAGGCGAGCGGUCGGAGAGGUCGGAUCGAGGCGGAAAGUCGGAUGGCAAACGCUCGGAAAAGUCCAGCAAGAAGAAGUGAGCGUGACGACGGAUUGGUCAGGAUUGAAGCCUACGAACUCCGGACGGGAGGCGGGGCCGCAGACUGGAAGUGAACGCCCCCCUCCUGCUCUCCGCCUCCAACGCUGUCAACAGAGCAGCUGUGUUUGGACGGAAAAGUGCAGGAUUGACCCAGGCUCACUCAUAGAUUUGAUUUGGAGCAGGAGAACAUCUCUUCUUCUUCUUCUUCUCUCUCUGUCUCUCUUCUGUGUCUCUGUGAGAACACACGGAGUCACCGCCGCCCCCCGGUGGCCAUUUCAGAGAACUGUAGGAGAUUUAGUGCUGCUGAAGGCGGCAGCGGCGUUAACGCAAGAGAGACGGGACACGUUAACUCGAAGGCUGUUACUGGUUGCUGGUAGUGCGAUAAAACGUAGCUCAUACUGUUCCAUGUUUGUUUUUUCUAUGAGAUGAGCUGUAUCUGUAUGUAUUUCUUGUUCGUCCGUCCUAUCUACUGUAUCUAUCUGUCUGUCUGUAAGUCGAGACAUCCUACACUAUGUCUUAUUACUCCUUGGAAAGAUAAUGAAAUUAUGCCAAAAUGUUUUACAGACAAACGUAGACUCUUUUGAUUUUGGCGUUGAUUUAUCCACUUAAUCCCAUCUGUAUCGAGGUCUGGCCGUGAAAAAAAUGUGAAACUGGUUUUAAUUUGGAAAAAUUCAUCCAAUUUCACCGUGGAUGUUUCAGCACUGAUCUUAAGCUUUGUGCUGAUUUUAGGAAGUUUAAGACAAGAGAAGAGUAGAAGUACGACCUGAGUAGCCAACUAUAAAACUUUGUUUAAGAAUAGAAAAAAGAAAUUUAAUUUAAAAAAAAUACACACAAAAGCCAAAAAUCUUGAACCGAAUAAAGAUCAUAGCUCCGAAAUUUUCUGGAAAUGUAAUCAAACUUAAUGUUAAAAAUCUACCCAAAAAAGAAAACUUUGCCGCUUCCCUUCCUUUGUGUAGAACUGAUUUAGAAUUACAGGUUUUCUAGUGAAGAUUUCUGAAGGACAGUUGAACAGGUUGGGCUCCCAAUCUGUUUUCUAAAGACGGUUCUUGGAUCUGGUUCCCGGGGGCCUCAUUCAUUAAAAUAUUCUCUUUCCUUUACGCAACAAAUAAGUCAGCAAAAAAUUACAGCAUUCAUAUUUUUGGGUAGCUGUAGAGGCUAUGAUUUCCUUUUUGAUAAAUUAGCGGAAUUCAUCGUAACCUGCUUGUUUCACCAUAAAUUACAUGUUUGGCUUUAGUCAUAAGCACAAAACGUGGCAUGUUUUUAAUGAAUGAGGCCUUCAGGGCUGAAAACAGGCCUCAUCUACUCUUUUAUUCUCUUGCAACAUCGAACUGCUCGUCGGAGAUUCUCUUUGAUUUAUUCACACAAAUUUGUUGCAUCCGUUUUUAUACAGAAUUCAAAAAAAGAUAUCUUGUUUGUGUCAAUGUGUGUGUGUGUGUGUGUGUGUGUGUGUGUGUGUGUGUGUGUGUGCGUGAGCGAAUGUAUGUGUGUGUGUGCGUGCGUGCGUGCGUGCGUGCGUGCGUGCGUGCGUGCGUGCGUGCGUGUGAGUGUGUGUGUGUGCGUGAGCGAAUGUAUGUGUGUGUGUGUGUGUGUGUGUGUGUGUGUGUGUGUGUGUGCGUGAGCGAAUGUAUGUGUGUGUGUGUGUGUGUGUGAGUGUGUGUGUGUGUGUGUGUGUGUGUGUGUGUGUGUGUGCGUGAGCGAAUGUGUGUGUGAGUGUGUGUGUGUGUGUGUGUGUGUGUGUGUGUGUGCGCGCUGCUGCUCUCCACUCCCAGGGUCUCCAUAGCUCUCAGGUUAUUUAUGUUGGUGUGUGCUUAGCGUGUGCUUCACGUGUUAAUAUGUUCGUCCCCUCAGAUGUCACCUCAGUCUUCCAGAUAUGUCCGAUCCACAACACAUAUCUGCACGCAGGUGUCUAUCUUUGUGAGGACCCUAACGUUCAACCCAAACUGGACUCUAACCCUAAAACACUCAAAAACGUUGUGAAAACUGACAAAAACGUCCUCGAUUUCCACAAAUCUCCUCAUUCCUGAGGUGUAAAACUCAACCCGGUCCUCACAAAGAUAGCUGUACAAAUACGACACACACUUUACAACUCAUGAGGUUUCAAAUGUCAGAGGUUAUAAAACAGAGUAUAAGAUGGUCAUGGAAUGCAAAUGUCCAACUUCAUAACAGAAUAAAUAAGAGAAUGAACUGACACACCGAUGAGAGCCAGAAUAUCAGACCGACCAUCAUUUAAUACGUGGGUUCAACUGUCUGCAUGUUUUCAUGUUUUUGCUUGGAGAGGAAUCACUCGUCUAAAGAAGCUCGACUCUGCAUCGGUUUCUGUUUAAUUUCCUGUAAACUCACCGUAAAGCCAUAAACGGGGGAAAAAAAGAGAAUUAUCAAAGUCUGGUUAGCUGGUAGGUAAAUGCAGUAGAACAAAUCUGUGAAGCUCCUGCUGUGGAGGCUGAAUUCAAGGCGCUCAGCUGCCCUGGUAGGUGCAUCGUGGUCAGAGAGCAUUUAAAAUCCUGCUUAAAACCUUUUUCCUGCUGCUGGAUGGAAACCUCGUUCAGCUGCAGCUCUUUAGCUCGAGUCCAACAGAAAGUCAUUUGUUUGUUUGCUGCUCUGCUCAGUAAAUCACUUGCUCUAUAUUCUCCAGAAACCAAUUAGUGUUUUUUGACUUUAUGAUGGAUUUGCAUUAACUUACAGUGUCAUCCUCUGCUGUUGAAGGAAAAAAAAUCUCAGAAAACUGGUUAACUAGGUGCACAUUUAGCCAUUUAGUCUUCAUUAUUUAAGUAAUUUCUCCCUCGCAACACUGAAUAAAGAUUCCUGAAAGGUGGAAAACAACUGCUGGUUAAUUAAAAUACCAUUUGAAGUGGUUGUUUCUUCUCUGAUAGGAGGAAAACCAACUUCAGUACAAGAUUUCUGCUUUAUUACAAAUGUUUUCAAACUUUUUCUGUUUUAUUAGACAAAAAGCAUUUAAGAAUGAAGAUUAAUUGCUUCACAGAGCUUGUAAUUGUCUUGUCGCACAUAAAACGUCACUCCAAGAUCUUUUUUUCCCCCUUAAAAUUAAAAAAAAAACUUACUGAACUUAGUUUGGGCUGCAAACAGGAAUGAGUUAAUUUGAUUUUAGUUGGACUUUAAAUGCAAAAGUUUACAUUAUUCCUUCAUUGAGCAGUUAGAUAUCUAUAUGUAUUCAUAAUAAGGUCAUGAGCUAACAGUGUUGUCAAAUCUGGUUGCUUCCAGUUUUUCAAAAAUGUUUUACUUCAGAAUUUUAAAUUCUCUCCCGACCUGUUUCUCCUUAUCUUUUUUUUUUUUUUUUUAAACAUCUUAAAAACUUGUAAUUUCUUUCAUGUUUUUUUCCGUAGACAUCUUAUGCAUCUGUAUUAGGUGGGAAUGCCAGAUCAAUGCAAUCAUUUACAUGCAUGUCGGACACAACAAACACAGUCAGAGUGAAAAGGAGUUUUAAACGAGCAGACGGAAGCAGUUAAGAUUCUGACAUCGUUGCUGUUGAUACUCAGAGGACAGAGCGAGCAGCGAACAGCGAACCCACUGACAGAUUUCCAUCAUUUCACAAUGCUGACAUCACAAAGUAUCAGAUAACGUGGGAAAGUCGACAUGUUUGACACCACGACAGACUGGAGUUCAAAACACAUGUUCAGAUUUGGUUGAAACAAUCUAAAAGUUGGUGGUUCGGACGAGGCAAACCCGCCCGUCUGCUGCUGCUGUUCUGUUCACAUCAGCCCAGAUGAAAUGACAAAUAAAACACCUUUGGGUUUGUCAUUAA